AUGAAUGCCAAGGUGACAGUGAAAUUUUCUCUUAGAAAGUGUCUCUCCAUCUCUAUCAUUCUUUUCUGCGUGCUGGCGUUAGUUGCGGCAGACCAGGGGGCGAGAAUCGUCAACUACCAGUACGGCAUCGAGGAGGAUGGCUCCUACGCAUCCCAGUACGAGACCACCAACGGGAUCUUGUCCAACGAGGACGGCAUCUCGUACCCGGGCAACGAGCCGGAGACUGGCAACUACGUGAGGACUGGCUCCUACUCGUACGAUUGGGAGGGCGUCACCUACACCGUCGACUGGACUGCCGACGAGAACGGCUUCCACCCGGAGGGUGACCACCUGCCCGACUUCAGCCACACCCGCGAGCACAUCGGAGGCGUUGAGGGUGUGCAGUAA